AUGACUGCCCCGGACCUCGAUCUUGAUGGCCAGCAGGCCCACGCCAAGGGGGCAUGCGUGCAAUCCACAAAAAAGUACGGGUCCCUGCGCGUCAAGCUGCAGAAGCAGGCCCCGCGCCGCCACUUUGACAGCGGCGAGUUCUUCCUCAGCAUGGAGGGCAAGGCCCCCGCGGACGGCCUGCUGGCCCCCGCCGAUGUCACGCCCCGCUGCUCCAGCGGCGCCGACCAGCUCCCACCACCUGCCUGGAAGUGCGCCCGAAGGUUCGAGCGCCGCGAGCCCAAGCCCAGCCGCCUGUCUGCGACUACAUACGCUUGA